GUGUUGUGUAAUGUUUGCAAGCAGUAUAAAGUGGAAGCAGUCCAGAGUGAGUUCAGUUCCAAGCUCGUCUCCAUGAACAAUCUGAAUGACCCUCCGGGAUGGAAUAUCCAACCAGACCAGAGGGGGGACGGGGGUGGGAACAAGUGGAAUUAUGCCCUUCUGGUGCCAAUGCUUGGCCUGGCUGCCUUUAGGUGGAUCUGGACCCGAGAGUCGCAGAGGGAGAUCGGAGAGGCGAAAGAGAGACACGACGAGGCCCUGAAGUCCGCCGCGGCCAAUCUGGAGAUGAAGUACAAGGACGCGCUCGGGGAGAGCCGGCGGGCGGCGGCUCUCCUGGAGGUGGAGCUGGAGAAGGAGCGCCACCGGGUGCAGGGCUACAGGCAGGCCCUGGUGUCCCAGAGCCAGCAGCUGCUGGAGGAGAGGGGGCGGCUGCGGCGGGAGCGCGAGGGCCUGGAGGCCGAGAGGAGGCAGCUCGCCCGCGCGGGCGCCGCGGGGGUGCAGUACCGCGCGGCGCUGGAGAGGGAGAGGGAGUGGCAGGGCAGGGCCGCCCUGCUGCUGGAAGAGCUGGAGGCGGCGCUGGUCGAGAGGCAGGACGCGUACUGCAGCGUCCUGCUGCCCCGCGACCGGCGGCUGGAGGUGGAGAAGAACCUGCUCGUCAAAGCCGCCACGGACCCGAUCGCCGCCGAGCUGCAACUGGAAGCCGGUCUCCGAGACAUUUUCAGGCACGACAGGCACUGUGCGGACUGGCUGAAUACGGAUAAGCGCAGGAACGGCAGGUUGAUGUGGCUUUACCUGAAGUACUGGGAACUGCAGGUCCAGCUCCAGAAGUUCAAGAAAGUGGAGGAUUCUCUGUUGGGAUCGCAGUCUAACCUCGAGUGACCUUGCAGCGAUGCGAUGAGAAGGGAGAAACACUGAUAGGCACGUACUGUAGAUCACCGUUUUCCUUUGCACUACUGUAAAGUCUUGAAAAAGAUCUCUUGGGGGGAGGUUUGGUGUCACAGUCUGCCACUUUAUAGAGACAGAAGGUCAAAUCUCGUGAAAGAGCAAUGCUUUGUACUUGCCUAGAAAUCACGGAAAUAAUUGUUUUAUUCAUGCGUGGUUAAGUUAAAAACAGAACCCAAAUGAAAUGAACGAAUUUGAGGUCAGAUAAAGAUUAUAACUGCAAGUAAAGCCAGUUCCAAUUAGAUCACUCUCAUAAUAACACCUCUGUUAACUGUUGUUUUAUGCUGGCAGGACCUUAGCUGCCAGACAACGUUUGUUGCAAUAUCAUCCCUAGUAUCGCAAAUGUUUUUAUCAAAUUGAACUGCUUGAACUACGUUUAAAAAGUUGGGCUUUGGUGUGCAUGGCUGAAACUAAGCUAUAAUAAUUAAGAAGGCAAUUCCUGACAGGCUGGAAGCCGUGAAAUAAAUGCACCUGUAAUGAUCAAUUCCGAAGAAACCUCAGAAAAGGAACUCUUGUCCUGCAGCACCUUCUUCAAUUCACGAUUUCGACCACUGGGUGUCAGUAUAAAGUGACGUUUUCAUUACCAUAUUUGAAGUUGGCUGGGAUAUUCUACUAUAAUUUGAUGUUCCCAUUUUCACUGGUUUAACCAGGGUACCUGUAUUGCAUAGGGCAGCUCCUUCUGUACUAUGUAAUGCUUUUUUAAUGUAAAGCUUGUACAGUAACGCUUUGAAAAGUGGAAAAAAUGAACUCUGAACUAAUUGUAUUCCUGCACCUUUUGCAAGGUCAACUGUUUUAAGUUAUCCAGUGUGCAAAGUGCUAGAACCUAUCUUCAGUUAAACAGAGUAUAUUGGAGAGAUUCUUCAUAGAUCUGGUUCCAUUAACUUUUAAGAUGUUCCUGCUUUGUUUCAGUUGUACUGUUCUGUGUUUUGUGACUUAUGAGGAUACUUGUUUUUUUAUCUUCUUUUUCCAGUGUGUGAUAAAAUAUCCUCAGGAUGCACUAUUCUCCUUGUGUUGUGAUGACAUGUACGUAUGCAUAUACUUUGGCUUGUACAGUACACAUGGUGACUUGCUAGUCUGAAUAAAGGUAAAAUGGGGAAAGAAGCAAUUUUAAAAGUGGUAGAUUAUCUGGUAGACAUAACUUCUGAAAGUGUAAUGGCCUUUGCAUUGGACUUGUAUGGAAAUCAGCAGAUGCAUGAUAGUCGUUGAACCUGCUGCACACCCUCAAUGUACAGCACUGUAAAACUAUCCUGUCUUUUUUCAGAUGUAAUAUAUACAGUAAAUCCUUGUCAUGCAAUUGUGAACAAUCAUAGUCAGUGAUGUCCGUGAUGAGGGUGUCGAAUAAGGAGGAGGGAUUUAGGAAAAUAAUAGGGAUAUUAUUUAAAAAUAAGAGGGCACAGUUGCCAUGCCUGUAUUUUUCAAGAUUAUAGGUAAUCUAACAAGGUAUAUGUGGCUCAGGGACAUGUCAACUGUAUCUGAUGCACUUGUACAGUGAAUACUCAUGCUAAUGCUAAUAUCCUCAUCUUAUCAAUGAGGAUUUUCUGUGUUGUAUAACCACUUGUUUUAAACACACAAUUCCUAAUGCUCUGAGGUUGAAGUCUCCAAUCCUGGUACUAGAGGGCCAGUGUGUCUGUGGGAUUUCCAGAUCUCUUUAAAGCAGCAGCAUGUUAAGAGAUGUGAGAAGCUUUUAAUGAGCUAACUUAUGUUAAGUGCUCAGUUCGACUGAAAGUUUCCUGACACACUGGCCCUCCAGGACCAGGAC